UGACGUCCCCGUCCGGCCCCUGCGGCCGCUUGGAUGCGGAAUACCGGAGUACAAACUCGUCCUGCCAGCGCGUCAGCAGCGAGGAAAGUGAUGUCGAUAGCGAUUCCAAGUCCGUCGUGGGUGUCCCGAGUCCUCCUCUUGUAGCGGCCACCCCCAUGGCACUGUCGGACGGCCGGUGACCCAGCCGGUGAUCUGCAUCGCCCGCCGGCGAGCGACGCAUGGAGGACGGCCGGCCGCCGCCGUACUCGAGCCGCGGUUCCGUCGCCGAUCACCGACAGGUGAUCAUUGACUUGGACCAGGGUGCAAUAGGUGCUGGUGUAGGCGGCAGGACGUGCAAGUCAGUGCCGUCGCAACAGCCGCUACAGCAGCAGCAGCAGCAGCAGUCGCAGCAACAAACCGAGCCGCCGGUGGUGACUCCACGCUACAUGCGGAGCGCACCGAUCAAGCUUCUCACCCAUCCCGUAGAUAGAAACCUCACCUGGUACUUUGUGGCCUCCAUCGCAUUCGUCUCCGUCUGCGCCAUCAUUGGUCUUCCGCUGGUGCUGCUGCUGCUGUCGCUCCUCCCGGUGGCCGUGGUGCUGCGUCACGCGGGUACCUCCUGUGCCUCGGCCAGGGAGGGAGUGCUGUGCGAGGAUGACAAGCGGUUCGUGUCGCCCAUGGACACGUACUGGCUGCACGACACCGAGUUCAACUUCCACGUGGCCCACUGCGUGCUUUACCUGGAGCCGGGACUCACCGCCUCUCUGCUCAGCCAGCUCAUCGUCGAGCGCAUCCUGGAUAAGACGAACGACGAAGGGAAGCGCAUCUUUCGAAGGUUCACGCGAAAGGUGAUCCCCGUCGUGGGCGGAUUCACGUGGGUCGAGGACGACUCGUUCCGCAUCGAGAACCACGUCCUGGAAGACAACCGCGCUGUCAAGGACAGUGCCCAGCUGCGUCACUACUUGAUGGCGCUCAUGUCGCGCGGCAUGAACGUCAACCGGCCGCUGUGGGACGUCCACGUGUUGCCAAACUACGAUAGGGGCCGUGAGACCGUGCUCAUCGCCAGAGUGCACCAGGUGAUCAGCGACGGUGUGUCGUUGAUGAUGCUGUUCUGCAACCACCUCUGCGACCCGGGUCCGAGUCUGAAGCUGAAGCCUCGCUUCGGAGGUUCCAGCUUUCCGCUGAACGUGUGCCGGGCGCUGGUCGUCGGUCCCCUCACGUUCCUCAUCUCGUGGCUCCUGCUUACUAAGCGCGACUUCAACUACCUCAAGAGGGGCUCCAAGCCGCCAGGCCGCCAGAGGGUCAUCGCGUGGACGGCUGGAAACAUACGCCUGUCGCAGGUGUACCGCAUCAAGCAAAUCACGCGGAGCACCUUCAACGACGUCCUCAUGACGGCCAUGUCGGGAUCGCUUCGCAGCUUCUUCAAGAGGCGCGGCGUCGUCAAUCCUCCGGACAUUAAGCUGUGUGUCCUCGCUGUAGACCUGCGGUACGAGCCGGCAACCGGUGAGCCCGUCCCCGAGUUGGGCACCCAACUGAGCAGUGCUCUGGUGCCUCCCACUAACACCGAGGGCGCCAUACCGCGCCUUUGGGAAGUGCGGCAGGCCAUGGACGAGCUCAAGAACUCCCCAGACCCUGUGGUGCUGUACGGGGCAGCCAACAUCCUGUUCACUCUGCUGCCCUGCCGGCUGGCACACUGGUUCAUGGGCAUGUGGCACCGCAAACCGUCGGCGGUGUUCUGCAACGUGCCGGGCCCCGAGGAGCCCGUCGUGCUCGGCAUGACCCGCGUCAAGAGUGCGGUCGCCUGGGCGGGAUGGACGCCCGAGGUCCCGUUGGCCGUCACCAUCACGUCCUACGCAGGUGCCUUCAACGUGGCCGUCUCUUCACAGAUGGACAUCGUGCCCGAUCCCGACGAGAUCAUCAGGGAGUUCGCCAAUCAGUUGGACCACCUGUCCGACCUACUGUCUAGGCGAAGGAUCCCUGGAGAGCACAGGCGUCGUUCCAGUUACACGGCUGAGCGUCGGAAUCAGGAGAUCGCCAGGCCUCCCUUGCACGAGUUACAACAAAAACUUCAGAGUGUCCAGGACGAGUUGCAGCGAGUUCGGCACGCACUGGAUGAACUACGCGUCCGGAGCAUCGCGACGCCCGCAAGUGGCGAUGGCGUCGCUCCUUUCGGCGAUCUGCCCCCCGCGUCGGAACCGGAAGAAGGCCCUCUGGCAGCACAGCUCCCGCGCUCACCUGCGCCGCCAGUGACGACACCGGAGGAAGAGGAGCGGGAGCGGCUGGAAGCGCGACUGGGCGAGCUCCAGGAGGAGUUCUCCGAGCUUCUCAUAGGACUCCGCAGGCGCAAGUCGGUCGCUGACAACGUGCUUCUGGACACCAACAUCGAGGAAGACGAUGACCUGGAUGGCGAGCUACGCCGGCCUCAGAGACGCCGUGCCCUGUCCGUCACGGUGCGACGGGCGAGCCUGCAAGCAGUGGUGUCCACCACGCGGCCGCUGACCACUGGAUCAUCGCCCGUGUUCAGGUCGGCUGACCCGAGCCCUGGGGCACCGGAGACCAGGUCCUUUCUAGGGGUCACUAUCAGGGACGACUGACUAAGGCCACACCGCACGGGCCACCCAGCGGCCAAUGGCCGCUUUCCGAGGGAGACGUGCGCAAACCUGGAGCAUGGAGUACUGGGACACCUGUUCCUGCGGCAGAUACCGCCGUACCGCCUGGUGCCGGACGCGGCGUCGGCCAUCUCCAACUUCCUCUCCACGCGACUCCGCCUCGGAUCGACGCCACGUCGCGUGGCCGUCGGUGACCCCUGCAGUGAGGGCGACAAGCAGCAGUCGGAAGAGGGCGCGCUGCUGCGCGCCGAACCUCGAUACGGAUACUUCUACUUCCCCGACGACGUGUUGUGCGUCGUGCCCGUGCACUUUGUGUCGCCGCCCAGGGGAGGAUUCUUCCUGCCCAGGAGCAUACACACCAACAAAGGAAGCAACGCCGUCAUUGACUUAUCGCCCGCAAUGCCGUGGACGGUUCAUCGCUAGUCACUUCUUGUUUUUAUACUGGGCCAUCCUCACUUGCCGUUGGGCAUUUGACCGACAUUGUGGAGUAGUCACCGAAACGUGACUUCACGGAGAUCGAGUUGAGGUCUUCGUGGGUACCGUUGAGUUCGUGCAUUGUUUCAGUCCUGCAAGCAGAAAGAGGUCAUACCACCUAAGCCCUCAUUCCUCUACCGACUCGUGCAUAGUUUACCAUCUGAUCGGUCAGACUUAUUACAUACGUCCCUAAUGAUGAUGGUGAUGAUUGUGGACAUGACGACAGUAUCGGGACAGGCGUGAUCAAUUGCAUAUGGAUUGUUCCACAAGAGAAGGUUUGUGAGUGCGAUUCCUGAACUUUUUGUGUACUCAAUGUGAUGCCGAAGCGUCCUCUAAUACGACGCCGUAAAGUAGGUAGUCUUAUUGAACACGCUUCUCUGCUGAUAGCGAAGUAAGGAGAUUGUUGACGCGAGGAAUCAGGCUGUUUCCCUGAAAGUUGCGCGAAGUGCUUUCUCCUGUUUUGUUAAUUGUAAUUUUGAGCAGUGUUGUUCUCAGCUCUGAGCGUACAUGUCAUCUGAUGAGGCAAACCUCCUAUGUCACCUGGAGAUGCUGAGACACGAAGCACUAUAUAUAAUUCCUGCCGUGCAUGCGUACGAAGAGAAGUACUUAGGAUCAAUGCAAGAGUAUUUGCGAAUAAUGUAGCAGGUCCCUCCCCUAAUUAAUAGUGUUUGGCCUAAUGCAAAUGAUAGCGCAAAGAAAAUGUGUUGUAGGAGCGUCAAAGUUUCUUAUACUGCGACAUUGAUAAAGACUCUAAUACACAAGUGCGUGUGCGUUAAUAAGCUGCAACUAGGUUUUCAGAUCCCACAGUCAAUAACUUUUGACGCCAUCGUUCAUUAGUAACCACUGAAUCUGUCGAUACUGCUCAUAUCUACUGUAUGCUACUGACUGCACGUUUGAAGGAACGAAAUCCCAACCGUGAAAUUUUGAUACGCGUCCCUUAAUAUUUAUUGUAACUGAUCAUCUACUCUGGCUUGUCAUGUGGGGGGGUAGAUGUUGUUUGAUUAUGUCUAUUUAAGAAACACCAUUGAAGUAUAGGUGUUCUGUACGCUGCACGCAUCUAGGUUUAGAUAUUGCGAUAUUACCGGUAUCAUACGGACGCAUCACUUUGUGCGUCAGGAAAUCAGGUACAUAGAUAUUCUGUCGAAUGGAUGUGUAUGGCAAGCCAAGCCUUAGAUAGAAAGAGCAGUAGGCAGUUUCUUUUAAAUUGCUGUGAAUAGCGCAGCUAGGAACUUUUUGCAGGCUUCCACAAGGCACUUCAAAGUGAAAACAUCUUUUCAUACACAUGCAUGUUCAUCUGCGGUCUCAUUCUGCCUGAACUCUAUCGGGAAGGGGCACUGAAAUUCAUUUUCUGUGCGACUGUAUUUACGCCUUUCCUGGCAUACAAUGAGAUAGUAGAUCGCGAAGUUGACUUGAAUGACCUGAAGGUAAAUUUCAUUACUGUGUGUCAACCUCCUUUCAACAUUAACGGUGCACAAAUUACCUGAAAGUAAGAAAUGUUCAAUAGUUCAAAAUCAAUAAUGAAUCUUGAAUGAGCAACCGGCAGUUACUUCUUCAAUCAGCAGGAGCAUAAUUUUUGGCUGAUUGUUCUCAUUUUAUGUUAAAAUUACUUAUUAGCGCUUGAAAUACGGACCAAAUGUGAGCAGACAGCACGAAGACAGUCCUUAAACUUUAUUUUAUGAGUGAAUGAUAGCAUAUAUAAGUAUGCCGUGAAGAUGAAAGACAUCAUAAGCCGACGAUUGCUUUAGUUGUAAUUUGUUGACUAGAUAUCUCACUUCACAAUCAACAAGUAUUACGCAAGUAGUACAACAAUAAUCGCUGACGAAUCCACACGUUUUUUUUCUUUUAAAUCUCAUAAGCCUCUGGGAGCUCUAGUGGGUUGCCAUCCUUAUGACGAUAUAAAACCCUAGCAAGCCCUCUGUGUCUCCCUUGCACACUCAUACGCGCAAAGAAAAGGUGUGCCUUCCGCUCCUAAAUAAAACAAGAAUUUUAUAUCUCUCGAAUUUUAGGAACGCAGCUCACCUGAGUUGCGUGAGGCCUAUGUAAUAACGAAGACACAUUGAUGUGCUGGCAAUCUACCAAUGAUACUUGCUGAUUAUGAGGUGCAAUAUCUAGACGCCAGAUCGUUGUUGAAGCGUUCACGUUACCUCACUUGACCAAUGAGAUUGUGUUCUCUUUAUUUGACUGUAGAGUCACGGCCUCCCAGUUGCGCCAUAGGUGGAGCCAUCCCUAGAGUUUCCUAAAUAUACACUAGAUGAAACUGUGACGCUAGUGUCUAUGGGAGCUGCGACGCAUAUCUAUCGCGCUUCAGAGAGCAUGGGAAUUAUGAAUACGACAUGGAUUUGCCUAGUCUUCGUACUUUAUGUUUGUUUUGGCUUCGCAUAGCUUCAAGCUACUUUGUCAUGAAACAACCAUCGGCAAAUGUUCGGCAAUUGCACUUGACUACCUUAACCUAUAAGGCUUACCACUUGAAAUCGGGUCACGAUGUGAUAAACGGAUUGUUUUUUUUUCUUUGAAACAAAAUCGAAACACAGCAAUAAACAAAGCCACAAAUGCGUUCGCCACCCUAAAACACGAAGUCUGGGCAAAUCUAAGUCAUGCCCAUAAUUGCCGUGGUCGCUAGACGAUUGCAGCGCUAGUGUUCCUUCUAGGUAACUUUUAAGAAACUCUAUGGAACCACCGACUUGAUGGGGAGCCUUAGGGCUACCUUCAUCGUUCUCCCCAGGUCAAUUCUAUAAAUUGCUCAUCAUGUCAUGUCAUAUACGCCAUGUUUCAUUCAAUAAUAUUCAUUUGUGAAUAUGCGCUCGUGUUGGCUUCUACUCUUCCGUUGUCCGUGUUUCUAAAGGAGUUGAUUGAUCAGCAUAACCCUGUAUUUAUGGCACCACGUGUUUAAAAGCGUGGAGGUGUCUCAAAACAUCCACUGAAUAGAAUUCAGGGCUCCUUCUGAGCACAAUAAUUCUGAAAAUGAGCAAUCUCCCUGCCACAAUGAUCAAUCAAGCCGGAAAACGUCAUGACCGAUCGCCAACAACACCACGUCAUCAUUCCUCACUUUGUCGCGCCCUGUUUGUAGAACGCUGAUAAAAUGUUCGCAUUCCAUGCCCGUGCAGUGACGACGACUGUUCGUGUGUGUCAAUCAAAUUGGUGCGACUCCAUCACCGGGUUUAAUACAGCGAUGGCUCAGCGUGAACUGGACGCUGCCGAAUUACCAGACGUAAUACCGCGACACGUGGGCACCGAUCGAACAAAGGAAACCAUAAACAACACAAGAGGCAUCAUUACCCACCAUUCCAGCAUGGCCCGUAGUUGCUAGUAGUUGAAGAGUUACGUGUCGUUGCGACUAUUUUGUAGGUGGUGAAAGUGUGGUGAAGGUGUUGGCAGUGUACUGGUGAAACCGUGCACUUUCUGCAGCGACGAAGGGGCAGCUCAUCUCAACGUAGUGCAUUUCUCACUGUGUUUACUAAAGCGUCCAGUGGUGGCUUUAUGUGGACUGUACAUGUGCAAUGGAAGAAAAAGAAAAAAAAAGAUGACCAUCUCGCAAA